AUGUCGGAUGAUGUCGAUCGCGACAGCAACAUCGAUGAUUUUUACCAGGAAAGCCAACAUGAACUUCAUUAUCUGAAGCAUCUAGGAUCUUACUUCGCAUCAAUUCGAAAUGUAGCUGUGGAUCCGAAUGAGGGCCUACUUGAAAUAUUCAAACUCAACGCUGAUAAAUGGAGUUCUGAAAAUAAGGCAAGGUGCGAAUCUAAUUGGUGGGUCGGGCAGCUCUCUGAAUUUUUCGAUGAAAGUCCUUUGGCGAAAUGCAAGUACAACAUGAUCAGCGCUGUACAUUCGAUGUACCAUACAGGUGACCUUGAGAAGACCUUCAUCCGACUAAUGUCGAUGCUAAAAGAGAAUGGAAUCCUGCUAAUUGUCUUGUCAGGAAAGAAUAUGAUACACCAAACUCAUCGUCAAAAACAACGGUUGCCUGCUAGUUAUCGAUAUUCUGACAAACCAAAGUCUCUACAAAUUUCGGAGUUGGCCAAGAAAAAUGGAUUUGCGAUCACUUCAGUGGAGCUGGAUAUCAAAUGGGACGUCACCGAUUUAUUCGAUGAGAAGUCGGAGCUCGGGGACAAACUGUCUGACUUUCUGACGAUGGUAGCUUACUUUCGGAAAACGGCACCACCUGAAAUGAAAGAGGAUUUGUUGUCUUUUUGGCGGUCUUUAUGCUCAGAGGGCGAGGACGGGCGCAUGCGUACACAGGCAGGAGAGAAGAUUUUUAUCUUUACAAAGUAGAAUAUAAAGGGGAUAACAUUGACUUAGCAUGGAUCUAAGAAGCUAUACGAGUAUAUUCCUCAAAUAUAUUAUACUUUAAUUUGGGGUUGAGGUUAUAUACGUCAAAAUUCAUUUAUCUAUGGGUGUAAAAUAAUAUAAGGUUUGAACAUUUCUUGGCAUUUAUAUUAGUUUUAUUUGGGGGAUUCGUUUUUAGUUUAAUAUAGUUAAUGACUUAUCCUGUGUAUGUAUUAGUUAAAUUGCUUAUUUUGGUUUGAAUAAGUUGGAUAUUUAAUUUAGUGGAAGUAGUCGUAUUUUUAAUAG